UUGUACGUGGGAAAGGCACCUCUGUUAUCCAAGUGACAGCAACAGAUGCUGAUGACCCUACCUAUGGGAACAGUGCCAGGGUAGUCUACAGCAUUCUCCAAGGACAGCCAUAUUUCUCUGUGGACUCCAGAACAGGCUUAAUUAGGACAGCACUAAUGAACAUGGAUAGAGAAGCAAAAGAAUAUUAUGAAGUGAUUAUCCAGGCCAAAGAUAUGGGUGGACAGCUGGGAGGAUUAGCCGGAACAACUACGGUCAAUAUCACUCUCUCUGAUGUCAAUGACAAUCCACCCAGAUUUCCACAAAAACAUUAUCAGAUGACCGUACUGGAGACUGCUCCCAUCAGCGCUACCGUAGGCCGUGUUCUUGCUAAAGACUUGGAUGAAGGCAUUAAUGCGGAAAUGAAAUACAGCUUGGUGGAUGGAGAUGGGCUGGAUGUUUUUGAUAUUACCACUGAUCCUAAUUACCAAGUUGGCAUCAUCACAGUGAGAAAGCCAUUGAGCUUUGAGAGCAAGAAAAGCUACACUUUAAAAGUGGAGGGUGCCAAUCCCCACCUGGAGAUGCGUUUCCUGAAUCUAGGCCCAUUCCGUGACACCACAACUGUGCAUAUCAGUGUGGAGGAUGUGGAUGAACCUCCCCUGUUUGAGCCGAGCUUUUAUUUUGUGGAGGUACCUGAAGAUGUGGACAUUGGGACCACCAUACAAAUGAUUUAUGCCAAGGACCCUGAUGUGACCAACAACUCAAUCAGAUAUUCCAUUGAUCGAAGCAGUGAUCCUGGACGCUUCUUUUAUGUUGACAUUACAACGGGUGCUCUGAUGACUGCAAGACCUCUGGAUCGGGAAGACAUUUCAUGGCACAAUAUCACCGUCCUUGCCGUGGAGAUGAACAAUCCCUCACAGGUUGGCAGUGUUUCAGUCACAAUAAGAGUCCUGGAUGUGAAUGACAAUGCGCCAGAAUUUUCCAGAUUCUACGAGGCUUUUGUGUGUGAAAAUGCAAAAGCUGGACAGCUGAUUCAGACAGUAAGUGCGGUAGACCAAGAUGACCCACAGGAGGGACAGCACUUCUACUACAGCUUGGCUCCCGAGGCAGCUAACAACCCCAAUUUUACACUAAGGGACAAUCAAGAUAACACAGCUUGGAUUUUAACCAGGAGAUCAGGCUUCCGGCAGCAUGAGCAGAACACUUUUUACCUUCCUAUCUUGAUAGCUGAUAAUGGGCGUCCCAUGCUGAGCAGCACGGGGACUGUAACCAUUCACGUCUGCAACUGUGAUGAAAAAGGUCUUGUGAUGUCCUGUAAUGCAGAGGCCUACGUACUCCCCGUCAGCCUGAGCAGAGGAGCACUUAUUGCCAUUCUAGCCUGCAUCUUUGUCUUGCUAGUCCUGGUGCUGCUAAUCUUAUCCAUGAGAAGGCACAGGAAGCAGCCUUACAUCAUUGAUGAAGAGGAGAACAUCCAUGAGAACAUUGUCCGCUACGAUGACGAGGGGGGUGGGGAGGAAGACACGGAGGCCUUUGACAUUGCAGCCCUGUGGAACCCUAGAGAGGCCCAAGUGGUGCUGAAGACCAGGCAGGACAUGAUGCCAGAAAUCGAAAGCCUCUCCAGAUAUGUGCCUCAGGCCUGCACGAUGGACAGCAGCGUUCAUAGCUACGUGUUGGCCAAGCUCUAUGAAGCCGACAUGGACCUCUGGGCCCCUCCCUUUGACUCUCUCCAGACCUAUAUGUUUGAGGGCAAUGGCUCAGUGGCAGAGUCACUCAGCUCCUUACAGUCUGUGACUACGGACUCUGAGCAAAGCUAUGACUAUCUGACAGACUGGGGACCUCGCUUUAAGAAGCUGGCUGAAAUGUACGGUGCCACAGAAGGGAGCGGGGCCCUUUGGUAACGAAAAGGAAAAGGCCGAGUACUCGGAACUCAACGCAGCCAUCCGAAUUGGUACUCAUCAGAUAUGAGGACAUGGGUGAGAUGGCCUCCUACAAAUAGCAAUAUGGUGCUUGAGGGAGAAUGCAGAAGAGGAGUGCAAAUAAAUAAAAGCUCUCUCUGGAUCAGCUUUACUCAGUUACAUUAAGCUACAUUUGUAAACGAUGACAAGUAGAAAAGAAAAGGGGUGGAAAGUAUUUCCUGGGCGUUUUGAUUUUAUUUUUAAUUAUUUUGUUUUAUGGCUACACUUGAAAGCUUCACUCCUGGACUGGAAUGACAUCAUUUUUUGCUGAUUUUUUUUUUAAAAAAAAAAAAACACAUGACAGCUAAUACGUUCCUUAUAUCUGGGGUGCGAAGACCCGUAAUUUUCAGUUCACAAGGAAAUUGUCUGCAGAAAGCCUUCCCCAGUGGAUUGGGGCCCUCCUCCCCUAUCUCUGUUCAUAAAAUAAUUGCUUGCUAGCAAAUUCAAGAAGGCACAAAACGGAACAAAAUAAAACACAAAACUGGGGGGUUUCUGUUGCCAGUAAGAGUCAUUUAGCCCUUAUAAAGGGCCUGACUUUUGCCAACUUGCACAGCAAAAAGGUCUGAUUGAGGGGGGCUGGGAGAGGGGGGGGAAGCAAUUGAAUUGCACUCAAGUUGAAUGACAUCUGACCUGUGUCUCAUCAGCAUUAAUACUAAUAUCAAAUUAGUGUAUGUUGAGUUCUCGCUCCUCAGUUUUGAAAAAUGUGGUUCAGAAUUAAACCAGAAAAAAAUAUGCCUCUUUUUGCACUGUAGAUAUUUCUUCCUCCACGUGCCAAAUGUGAAAAUCAGAUGCUACCACUAAAAGCCAAAUAAAGUUUUUAAAAAAUAUAUUGAUAACUAUAUGGAGUUAGAGGGGCUUUCCCAAACUAUGCGAGAUCAAACUGAGGGAAGUUUACACUGUAGGUAACCUACUUGAACAAAUGCAGUAUUAUAGAGGAAUAAAUGGAUGUAAUAAAUAUUCCAUAUAUAAGUUUUGUAUAUUUGUUAAUAAUUUUGGUAAUAAAUAUCAUGUACUGGAUGCAGUACAGUAUCUUAGAACCUCUUUUAAUAAAAGUUAAACUGAA